AUGUCAUCGGGCACCGAAAGCAGCAGUAGUGCUACUCCUCUAAUGGAAGCGGUAGAAGACAUUGUUAAUGGCUCCGUUGACUACAAAGGCAACCCAGUUCACCGAUCAACUUCUGGUAGCUGGAGAUCAGCUUCUUUCAUUAUAGCUGUGGAAGUGGCGGAGAGGUUUGCAUAUUAUGGGAUCUCUUCGAACCUUAUCAUGUAUUUGACGGGUCCUCUUGGUCAGUCGACGGCCAGUGCUGCUGCCAAUGUUAAUACAUGGUCUGGCACAGCCACGUUGCUGCCCCUUUUGGGAGCUUUUGUUGCUGAUUCUUUUCUUGGCCGUUACCGGACUAUUAUUGUUGCUUCUCUCAUCUACGCCUUGGGACUAGGAAUGUUGACAUUAGCAGCCGUUCUACCAUCCGUUAAUGUCCAUGGCUGUCAAAACACCAAAAAUGUCUCAAAGUGUUCUCCUCCUCAGUUUCAAGUAAUAUUGUUCUUCUUCUCUAUAUAUCUAGUAGCAGUUGGCCAGGGUGGGCACAAGCCCUGCGUUCAGGCAUUUGGGGCUGAUCAAUUUGAUGAACAAGAUCCAAACGAGAUUAAAGCUAAAAGCUCAUUUUUCAAUUGGUGGUAUUUUGGCAUAGCACUGGGCACUAUCGUAACACUUGUGGUAUUAGUCUACAUCCAAGAUAACCUUAGUUGGGCCCUUGGAUUUGGAAUCCCUUGUAUUGUGAUGGUAGCUGCCCUGCUUGUUUUCUUGCUUGGAAGCAGAACUUACAGGUAUAGUGUUAAUAGGAAUGAGAAAAAUCCAUUUAUGAGAAUUUGUCGGGUGAUUGCUAGAGCAAUUAGGAACAGGAAGACUACUCCUCCUCCAGUUAUACCUGGUGAAGAUGAUGCUAGCCAGUGGCAUCAAAGUUCAGAGCAAUUCAACUUCUAUUGUGGAAGGUUCCUCAACAAAGCGUUGGUUGCACGAGAUGGUUCAUUAGAAGAUCAGAAGGGGUGCAGUGUCAAAGAUGUGGAAGACACAAAAGCGUUGUUGAAACUAGUUCCAAUAUGGAUCACAAGUUUGGCAUAUGCAAUUGUGUUUGCACAAACCACAACUUUAUUCACAAAGCAAGGAGCUACAAUGGACAGAACAAUUGUCUCAAGCUUCAAAGUUCCAGCUGCUUCGCUUCAAACCUUCAUUGGGUUUGCCAUCAUUAUCUUUAUUCCAGUAUACGACCGCAUUAUUGUGCCUAUAGCGCGAGGUCUAACCCAGAAACCUUCUGGCAUUACAAUGCUUGAAAGAAUGGGAACAGGAAUGGUUUUCUCUGCAAUUUCCAUGGCAACUGCAGCUCUAGUUGAAAUGAAAAGACUUGAAACUGCUAAAGAGCAUGGGCUGGUUGAUCUUCCUAAUGUGACGGUUCCAAUGAGCAUUUGGUGGUUGGUUCCUCAGUAUAUUCUCUGCGGUGUUGCUGAUGUGCUCACCAUUGUUGGACUCCAAGAAUUUUUCUAUGAUCAGGUCCCAAAGGAACUAAGGAGUGUUGGUGUCUCACUCUACCUUAGUAUCCUAGGAGCAGGAAGCUUUUUAAGUAGCUUUCUUAUCACUAUAAUUAAUGAAGCAACGGGUGGAGAUGAUAAACAGAGCUGGUUUGCAAACAAUCUCAACAAGGCACACCUUGAUUAUUUCUAUUGGCUACUUGCCGGUCUUAGUGCAGUGGGAUUCAUUGCCUACUUGCAUUUUGCUAGAUCCUACAUUUAUAAAACGGAAAGUACAGGUUAG